GAAGGACCCCGAGCGCGUAGCCGGCCGCUUCGCCUGAGCGGACAGCCCUUUGCCUGAAAAACGGCUUCGAGGAAUGUUGGCCUCGGAGACAGAAACGGGAAAGACCAACUUGUUGGUCCUCGAAACAAAGCGCCUGAGCCAUGGAAAAGAAUGAUGUGAUCAACUUCAAGGCUUUGGAGAGAGAGCUGCAGGCUGCACUUGCUGCCGACGAGAAGUACCAAAGGGAGAACGCUGCCAAGUUACGGGCGGUUGAACAAAGAGUGCCGUCUUAUGAGGAGUUCAGAGGUAUUGUCCUUGCAUCACACCUGAAACCUCUGGACCGGAAGGACAAGACAAGGGGAAAAGGAAUUGUGCCCUGGAACUGUCACACUACUAGGGAGAGGACUUUUGAGGACGUGGCCACUGAAAUACCCCAGGAGACAUCACCCUUCCAGCCUGCAACCUCUGCAGAGUUUUACCGCGAUUGGCGUAGGCACCUUAGAGGUGGGCCAGUGCGCUACCAAGCCCUGCUUCAGCUUGGGGGUCCCACGCUGGGCCACCUCUUCCAGAUGGAUGUGGGCUUUGGACUUCUCGGGGAGCUGCUGGUGGCACUGGCUGAGCAUGUGAGGCUAAGUGACCGGGGGGCAGUGCUAGAGAUUCUGCACAGCUUGGCUAACACGGGGCGGUUCACCUUGAACCUGAGCCUGCUGAGCCAGGCAGAACGCGAGAGCUGCCAGCACUUGUUUCAGAAGUUACAGGCCAUGGGCACCACCAGACACAUGCAGGAGGGGCUCAGCUUGGAGGAGCCAUCUGCUGGGCUACAGGGAGAGGAGGGGCUCCUACAGGAGCUGCGAGGGCUGUAUGGGGUCCACUGA